UAAACCACAGCUCCUUCAGGGUGUCUAUGGCAUGGGUUUUAACCGGCCCUCCAAAAUCCAGGAGACCGCCUUACCCAUGAUGCUCGCUGAACCUCCACAGAAUCUAAUCGCCCAGUCUCAGUCAGGAACAGGAAAAAACGCUGCCUUUGUGCUUGCCAUGCUCAGCCACGUCAAUCCAGACCACAAAUAUCCCCAGUGCCUGUGUUUGUCACCCACCUAUGAACUGGCGCUUCAGACUGGAGUUAUUGAGCAGAUGGGCAAAAACUACCCUGAAGUCAAACUAGUUUACGCCAUACGAGGAAAUAGGCUGCAGCGAGGCGUGAAGCUUCAGGAACAGAUAAUCAUUGGCACGCCCGGCACCAUGCUGGACUGGUGCAGCAAAUUGAAGUUCAUUGAUCCCGAGAAGAUUCAGGUGUUUGUGCUGGAUGAGGCCGAUGUCAUGAUCGCAACGCAGGGUCACAAAGACCAGAGUAUUCGCAUCCAGAGGAUGCUGCCCAGAAACUGCCAGAUGUUGCUGUUCUCAGCUACGUUUGAGGAGACCGUGUGGGACUUCGCCAGGCGCGUCGUGCCUGACCCAAAUAUCAUCAAAUUGAAAAGAGAGGAGGAGACGCUGGAUACUAUCAAGCAGUACUAUGUGUUGUGCAACAGCAAGGAGGAAAAGUUUGAAGCCCUGUGCAACAUCUAUGGCGCCAUCACCAUAGCCCAGGCUAUGAUUUUCUGCCAUACAAGGAAGACCGCAGGCUGGCUGGCGGGAGAGCUUUCCAAAGAGAACCACCAGGUGGCGCUGCUUAGCGGGGAGAUGCAAGUAGAGCAGAGGGCAGCUGUCAUUGAACGCUUCCGGAAUGGAAAGGAGAAGGUGCUUGUCACCACAAAUGUCUGUGCCAGAGGAAUUGAUGUGGAGCAGGUAUCGGUGGUGAUCAAUUUUGACCUGCCUGUAGACCAGGAGGGUAACCCAGACAACGAGACCUACCUUCAUAGGAUUGGCCGCACGGGUCGGUUCGGCAAAAGGGGGCUGGCCAUCAACAUGGUGGACAGCAGAAUGAGUAUGAACAUUCUCAACAGGAUCCAGGAGCAUUUUAAUAAGAAAAUUGAAAAACUCGACACACACGAUCUGGAUGAAAUUGAGAAAAUCGCCAACUGAAAGACAAGUGUGCUGACAAAGUGGACGCCAGCUAGACUUGCGCUCUGCAAAGACUGUAUGCUUCUUUAUGCUGGCUUUUUAAGUUUGUAUUUUAAGCCGUUAGGGUGGAGGGGGUAAAACCACAUAUACUGCACGUUUACAUACACUUCAGUCUGUGGAACAUACCCUAUUUCACUCUUUUUACUAUAAUAUUUUAUUUUGUAAUGCUGAAAAAGCUUAACUGUCAAGUAACUCCUAAAACCCCAUUUGACUCUGCUUUUCAUACAUAUAUGAACAUUUUUCAUGAAUGUAUCCUCUUUAGGUCAUUACAACAUUGACAGUGUGUGGAAAGGGUGAAGUUGGGUAUACUGCUGCUCUGAGUGCAGGGGUGUCAUUUUGGGUGAUGACUGAUGGAUGGAUUUUAGGGUCUAUGCAAAUUUAGAGUAUACUCACAUGAAAGAAAUGAAAUUAACCUCAAUUUAUCUUCAGGGUGCGUAGCCAAAUGCCAAAAUGGAGAUGACCUACUAAUAACUCCUCAACAUUUUAGAUCAUUCUGGAGUAAAGCCCAGUCACGCGUCCCUCACAAUUUUAUUUAUAGAGUAUUAAGACUACUCAGCUGUAACAUGUAGUUGUUUUUAAACAUUUUUUGCCUACCUAUUCCACAACUUCCCACUUACCACAAACUUCACAUCUUUUAUUUUGAAAUUCAACCAAAAUUCUCUAAAAUUUCGUUUUUCUACUCUAAUUUCCACAUUUUUCAACCGAUUCAACCCAUUCCAACUUUCAAGUGUUCAUCUUUUGCCUACCUGUUCCACAUAUU